AUGCCAUCUCUGCCCUUGGACCAACUCCAGAUCACCCACACGGACCUGAAGACAGGAAAACUGAGGACUUCACCAGCGCUGCACCCCGAGCAGAAGGCAGACCGGUAUUUUGUGUUAUACAAACCGCCCCCUAAAGACAACAUUCCCGCCCUAGUGGAGGAGUACCUGGAACGCGCCACCUUCGUAGCCAAUGACCUCGACUGGCUCCUGGCCUUGCCUCACGAUAAAUUCUGGUGCCAGGUUAUCUUCGAUGAAACCCUGCAGAAGUGCCUGGACUCCUAUCUGCGCUAUGUCCCCCGAAAGUUCGACGAGUGGGUGGCCCCGGCCCCUGAGGUUGUUGACAUGCAGAAACGGCUCCAUCGAAGUGUUUUCCUCACCUUCCUCCGCAUGUCCACUCAUAAGGAAUCCAAAGAUCACUUCAUUUCCCCCUCUGCAUUUGGAGAAAUCCUCUACAAUAACUUCCUGUUUGACAUCCCAAAGAUCCUGGAUCUCUGCGUGCUCUUUGGAAAAGGCAACUCACCAUUGCUCCAGAAGAUGAUAGGGAACAUCUUUAUCCAGCAGCCAAGUUACUAUAAUGACCUGGAUGAAACCAUGCCCACCAUCCUUCAGGUUUUUAGCAAUAUCCUCCAGCACUGUGGUUUGCAAGGGGAUGGGGCCAGCGCCACACCCCAGAAGCUUGAGGAGAGGGGCCGGUUGACCCCCAGCGACAUGCCUCUCCUGGAAUUAAAAGACAUUGUUCUCUACCUUUGCGAUACCUGCACUACACUCUGGGCCUUUCUGGAUAUCUUCCCUUUGGCUUGCCAAACCUUCCAGAAACAUGACUUCUGUUACAGACUAGCUUCCUUUUAUGAAAUUGCAAUUCCCGAACUGGAGUCUGCAAUUAAGAAGAGGAGGCUUGAAGAUAGCAAGCUGCUAGGUGACCUGUGGCAGAGGCUGUCCCAUUCCAGGAAGAAGCUACUGGAGAUUUUUCACAUCCUCAUGAACCAGAUUUGCCUCCUCCCUGUCCUGGAAAACAGCUGUGACAACAUUCAGGGCUUCAUCGAAGAGUUCCUGCAGAUCUUCAGCUCCUUGCUGCAGGAGAAGAGGUUCCUCCGGGACUACGACACACUCUUCCCUGUGGCCGAUGAUGUCAGCUUGCUACAACAGGCCUCAGCAGUCUUGGACGAGACUCGGACUGCCUACAUCCUCCAGGCAGUCGAAAGUGCUUGGGAAGGGGUGGACCGACGGAAAGCCACAGAUGCUAAAGACCCACUGGUGGCUGAAGACCCUAAUGGGGUCAUUGCGAUGGUGGAACCAGUCAGUGGACCGUUCUCACAUCUGGAAAACUCAGAGGAAGAGGAGUGUAUGGGGGCAGCUGCUCCCUUGGGCCCCCCUGUGUGUGGCGUGGAGCUGGACUCGCUCAUCUCCCAAGUGAAGGACCUGCUGCCAGAUCUUGGUGAGGGCUUCAUCCUGGCCUGCCUGGAGCAUUACAGCUACAACCCGGAGCAGGUGAUCAACAACAUCCUGGAGGAGCGGCUGGCCCCUGCCCUCAGCCAGCUGGACCGCAGCCUAGACAGACAGGUGAAACCAGACCCGACACCCCUGCUCACAUCUCGUCACAACGUCUUCCAGAACGAUGAGUUUGAUGUGUUCAGCAGAGAUACAGUGGACCUGAGCCGGGUGCAUAAAGGCAGGAGCACAAGGAAGGAGGAGAACACGCGGAGCCUGCUGAACGACAAGCGGGAGGUGGUGGCACAGCGGCAGCGCUACGAGCAGUACAGCGUGGUGGUGGAGGAGGUGCCGCUGCAGCCAGGUGAGGGCCUGCCCUAUCGCGGGGAUGACUAUGAGGACGAGUACGAUGACACGUACGAUGGCAACCAGGUGGGCGCCAACGAUGCUGACUCGGAUGAUGAGCUCAUCAGCCGCAGGCCCUUCACCAUCCCUCAGGUGCUGAGAACCAAAGUGCCUGGAGAAGGGCAGGAAGAGGACGAAGACGAGGAGGAGGAGGAGGCUGAGGACGAGGCUCCCAAGCCCGACCAUUUUGUGCAGGACCCAGCGGUGCUGCGGGAGAAAGCAGAAGCCAGGCGCAUGGCCUUCCUUGCCAGGAAGGGGUACCGGCACGACAGCUCCACGGCAGUGGCCGGCAGCCCCCGGGGCCACGGGCAGAACCGUGAGACAACCCAGGAACGCAGGAAGAAGGAAGCCAACAAGGCGACGCGAGCCAACCAUAACCGGAGAACCAUGGCUGACCGCAAAAGAAGCAAAGGCAUGAUUCCAUCCUGA